UGGGCGUGAUAAUUCUGCAGAAGCACAGUUUGAUCACUUGUUCUGCACUGCGAGCAGCUUCUGAUUCCUUGAAACAUUUACGACAAUGGCUUUCAAGUUGCUGUCUUUCUGCGCCCUUGUGGCUGUUGCUCGGGCCGGAGUUAUCUCGUCACCUGCGGUCUCCUUUUCGACUCCAGUUGCCAAGUCGGUGAUCACGGUAGCCCCAGUUGCCAAAACCAUUGUAGCCACUCCAAUCGCAAAAGCCGUGGUUGCCGAGGAGUUCGACGCUCACCCGCAGUACUCCUACUCGUACGGAAUCUCGGAUGCCCUGACUGGCGACUCCAAGAGCCAACAGGAAUCCCGUGAUGGGGAUCUAGUCCGCGGAUUUUACUCCGUUGUCGAUCCGGACGGCACCAAGCGUACAGUUGAAUACACCGCCGAUGCCCACAGUGGAUUCAACGCCGUCGUUCAUCGGGAACCACUCGCCGCUGUGAAGGCCGUCGCUGCAGCUCCCGCAAUUGCCGCUAAGACCGUUGCCGUUCAGCCGGUCGUAGCUCCAUUGGCGGUUAAAACUAUCAUAGCCCAGCCAGCGGUUGCCACCUAUGCUGCACCUGCUUUGUAUCACCACUAGUCUCCGAGCCUGGGGAAGGAAUUCAACGAACAAACGGAAGAACUGCUGCGUACCCAAUUGGGUGUUUUUAUUAUGCUUGUUAUGACUGACUAAUUUUAAAAUGAAAUAUAUAUAUAAAUAUAAAGCAUGAAA